UGACGAUUGCGAUCCGGACCCUUGCUUGAAUGGAGGAAUGUGUUCUGAUGGUGUCAAUAACUACACAUGCGAAUGUGCACCUGGAUACACUGAUACCAACUGUUCCACAGACAUUGAUGAUUGCGAUCCCAACCCUUGCAUGAAUAGAGGAAUGUGUUCUGAUGGUGUCAAUAACUACACAUGCACAUGUGCACCAGGAUACACAGAUACCAAUUGCACAACAGACAUUGAUGAUUGCAACCCUAACCGUUGUGCAAAUGGAGGAACGUGUACUGACGAUGUCAAUGACUACAUCUGCACAUGUGCAUCAGGAUACACAGAUAAGAGCUGCACAACAGAUAUUGAUGAGUGUUUGGAUUCACCAUGUCCAUCUGGUGCUGAUUGCAUGAAUCAGCCUGGAAGUUUCAUCUGUGUAUGCCCUGACGGUUAUACCUGGAACACCACACACUGCAUUGACAUAGAUGAGUGUUCUACACAAGAGUCUGUCUGUCCAUCGUCACUGCCUUGUCAGAAUCUUAAAGGCUCCUUCACCUGUGUAUGUCAAUCAGGAUUUGUCUUUGAUGGCAGUCAGUGCAAUGACGUGAAUGAGUGUGAAGAGAUAUCGUCGUGUCCGCCCACCAACCGUCCUUGCAUUAACAGCAUAGGUGGCUUUGCGUGCACCUGUCCGAGUGGGUAUGAGUGGAAUUCAUCACAGUGCAUCGAUAUGGAUGAAUGCCUGGCUGAUAAACCUCCAUGCCCCGAGUUGGUACCUUGUCGGAACACAGUGGGUAGUUUCACCUGUCUGUGCAAUCAAGGCUAUGCCUGGGAUGGCAGGAACUGUUCAGAUGUGGAUGAAUGUUUAGAUAUGCCGUGUUCUGAUGAAGCAACUUGCGUCAACCAGCCAGGAGGUUUCACCUGUUUAUGCCCCAGUGGAUAUUUCUGGAAUGGAACUUCUUGUGAUGAUGUUGAUGAGUGUGCACAGGGGACUCCAAUCUGUCCGUCAAUGUUGCCUUGUCAGAACACGAUAGGAAGCUUCACUUGUAUCUGCCCGGAAGGUUUUGCAUGGAAUGGAACUCAGUGCGCAGAUGUGGAUGAAUGUCAGACCUCUGACCCAGCAUGUCCUGCACUGGCUGCUUGUAACAACACUUACGGCUCAUUCCAGUGUCACUGCCAAGAUGGCUACACACUGACCAGCCAAUCCCAAUCCAGUUUUAAAUUCUGCAUGGAUAUUGACGAAUGCCAGGAUGAAGCGUUAUACGAUUGCCAUGGCAAUGCUACCUGCAUCAAUGUGGCUGGUUCCUACCGCUGCAUGUGCUUGGAAGCACAAGGUUACCGUGGUGAUGGCAAAGUCUGUACGCCAUUUGACCUCUGUGAGAGUGGACCUUGCUUGAAUCAAGGUCGUUGUACGUCGUCAUUAGGAAGUGGUAGCUAUGAGUGCGAGUGUACACAAGACUUUACAGGCGUCAGUUGUGGAAUCAGCGCCGUACCUCAAGGUCCAGCAGCCGUCCUGAAGCAUCCUGAGCCCAGCCGCAUCUUGGUGUCACAGUACGACACUGUCUCGCUAGAGUGCCAAUUUGAGAACGUAGCGAGUUUUGCAUGGUACAGAAAUGGGCAGAGGCUGGCUGGUUCGACAGGCCUGUCAUUCCUCAUGAUCACUGGAGUCACUUCUGAUCGAGGGUACUACUGGUGUGAGGGAUUCGGCCUAGGGGGAGUGACAGUGAGAACAAACUCCUCCUUGAUUCUUAUUGAAGGAGUGUUUGCAUUCACUGCGAAGACCCGGUUUCCGACACUGACAUUUGUUGAGGAGUUGAGAAAUAAAAGCUCUCAGCGUUUCCAAAAUGUAGCAGGUGAAAUUGCAACCUUUCAAGCUGAGGGUUUGCAAUCAAGAGGGGUUCCCUCAAACGUUGUCGUUCAAGAGCUAGCCAGCGGCAGUAUACUAGCAACAUCUGAAAUCCUAACUCAAGAUGAGACGAUGCCAUCUGACAAUGAGGUACUGGGUGUCGUCAAGGAAGCCCUGGUAGCUAUAGCAACAGCCUCUGGUGGAUUCAUGGAUCCGUCAUCUAUCACCAUGGAGAGCAGUGGGAGUUGUGUGGAAUCGAGCUUGUCAUCGAUCUAUGGUAUCAUUACUUUCCCAGCUGGAGCUCUUGGUUCGACCACACAGUCCAACCCUGAUCGUCUCUGUCCUGAUUAUACCAUAAAUAGUGGUCAGCGCAUAGCGUUUGCCGUGUGUGUUGGCGAUGGCUUCUCUCUGGCGCAGUGGGUCUUUGAGGUGCAGUGCGGCCGGAAUUUGACUGUCGAUGAAAGGCUAGCUCUCCUGAACCAGGUGACGGUCACUAUGGAGAACGUGAUGGAAGUAGCCUCUCAAGUUGUAACUCUGACAGAAGAGGCAGCCAUGCUGACAGAUGAAGGGGUCGCAUCAACUGCUGAUAUCAUGGAGAAGGUUGCUGAUGUCAAUUCAGAUAAUGUUGAGGUAACAGUUACUGUGGUGGAUACUGUGGGUAACCUCAUGGAUACCAGUGAGGAUUCCUUAAUGGAAGCCCAAAUGAGGACGCAGGCCCCACGCAGAAUUGUCGAAAUUUUAGAGCGACAGCUUAUUGCAGUUCCGGUUGCUAGCAACAUGUCGUUCCGUGAAAUCCACCCCAACAUUGCCGUGGAAGUCCGCAGUGUGUCUGAAUCCACCCUUCUGAGUGGACUGGGGUUCACAUCAGUAAAUGCCUCAUCGAUGGAAGCGCUUGGAGAGUCCAGUUUGAUGGUGAUGGAAGGAGACGAAAUGUUUGAAGGAAAUCAAGAUAGUGAAAUGCCUAGUGCUGUACUCAUACUGCCUCCUGAAGUCAACAUCUUGGCAAGGCGCGACGGGAAUGACGGCGGCAUCCGCGUGAGUUUCUCCGUCUUCCGAAGAGGAAAUCUCUUCCUGUCGCUGUCACUGGCAGACUUCAACGACAGAGAGGACAGAUUUAACCGGACCAUCAACACUCGCAUCAUGUCGGCCACUGUGGGCAGCCAACCAAUCACAAACCUGAAUGAACCCGUCACCAUACUACUCACCAGAAUUGACAAUGAUUCCUAUGUGACCAACACAAGUUGUGUGUUUUGGGACACAGUUGAGGGAGACUGGUCGACUGAGGGCUGUCGCAUACGUGAACAUUACCCAACAGAUCAACACAUUGCUUGUCAGUGUGAUCACUUGACCAACUUUGCAGCUCUGAUGGACAUCUACCCAGAGUCACCUUUGACUGAGACACAGGAGUUCAUACUCAAAUUGUUGAGUCUUGUUGGAUGUGGAAUGUCUAUCUUGGGGCUGGCCGUUACCAUGGUUACUUACCUCAGUCACAUGAAACUUCGUGAGAAGCGUCCCAACCGCAUCCUGCUAAGCCUCUGUUUCUCUCUACUGUGUCUGUACAUCACCUUUGUGGUUGCUACGGCUCUAGACUCAGAGCGAGGCGUUGCCGAGUUGGACGUGUUGCCCUGCUGUAUCUUAGCUGCCUUCCUGCAUUACUUCACAUUGACUUCACUCUGUUGGAUGGGCGUGGAAGGAUGCAAUCUGUAUCUGCUGUUUGUCAAAGUUGUCAACGUCUACGUGCCAAAAUUCAUGCUGAAGGCAUCACUGGCUGCCUGGGGUCUUCCUGUCUUGGUUGUGGCAAUUACUGCUGGAGUCACCCGCGAGGAUUAUGUUGCAACGGACUUUUGCUUCUUGAAGCAAACUCCACUGAUAGCUAGUCUCCUUGCUCCAAUUGGCCUGAUUCUGCUAUUCAACAUUGUCAUCUUCUCGCUGGUAAUCCGGCAAUUUGUCAAGACGUCAAAUGACAACAUCCGAAGAAACACCAAGGACCUGUCCAGACGGAAGGUACACAAGCAGCGUCUCCAGAAUGCGCUGACCGUAAUGACCCUGAUGGGACUGACCUGGUCAAUCGGUUACCUGAAUCUUGUCCAGGCCGUGUCCUUCCCCGUACAGCUGGUCUUCUGUCUACUGAACACCCUGCAGGGUUAUUUCAUCUUUAUGUUGUACGGUGUCCGUCAGCCCGAGGUAAGGAAGCACUGGAAACGAUGUUGUUUCUUCCAAAGAGGCACCUUUUCUUCAGUGAGGACGUCCUCGUAUGAAAACAGCUCUUCCGCUAGGCCACAGCUCCGGGCUCCGUUUGAUCCCAAGACAGUACCCAGGCCCAAAUCACAGAUAUAUCGUCAACGGCCUGGUUCAUCUAUGCCUCCCAUGUAAAACUGUGGUCAAAUACCGCUGUGUUUCAGCUAGCUUGUGUCAUGUAUACUAAUUGACAGUAGUUAGCACUAGUGUUUGUUGGUUGGAGGCACCGGCUUGUCAGCUGUGCAUCCCUUGUAUGACAGUGUUUCACACAGAGUCAGGAGAUAACGAGCUUUCUUGAUGUUUGUCCACAUUUCACAAGGUAUCAGUUGCAUUUGCAAUUGAUUAGCUACAUUUCGAUUUUGUUGCUGAUAUUUUGAAAUCGGAAGCGUGCAGAUGUAUUGAUUUGUCUUCAUGCAGAAAGUUGGUCGUUUAAAAAAUUGUCCAAAGAAUUCUGGCUAAUCAUUUAUAAACAUCUUAAAUAAGUUUUAAAAGAGUGGAACAACAUUUUUAAUACACUGUAAGAGCAGAAACCAUUAUCAGAAACCAUUAAUGCUUUGAGUGUAGUAACUGGUGUCUGUAAUAUUCAUUUUGUGACUAAAGCUGUUUUUUUUUUAAAUAAUUUUUGGUGUGCUGGAAAUUCUUAGAGCAUCAGAGGGAUCACGGUCUAUCAUCCACAUAAAUGAUUGAUUGCUAAAGUAAUGAGAUAUUUUUCUAUGCAGAGCUGCCAAAGUUUAAACGGGAAUGUAUCUUUUUAUCUAAAUCUUACAAGGCACUUUCGAUACUCAGUACAGCCCUAAAAGGGAGCCUUAAAAAUCUGACGGUUCUCAUUUUUGAUAGAAUCACUGGAAACUGGUCAGUAAGACCUGUCACUUUUUUUCUCUGCACUUCUGUGGUCUUUCAUAUUCAACUAGGAAAAAGUAUUCUGCCAUACAUUUAUCUGAUACCGUGACUGUACACACAAAUAGUAUUUUUAAAUAGCUGUCUUUUUAUAUACAUAUAAUGUCUACUCAGUAAAUUUUGAAUAAUGAGUUUUACUGUAAUGCUUUCUUAUACACAUAUGUGCAAUUUCACACAAAAGUGGCUGCUUUAUAUGAUACUUAUGAUGCACUUUUGGAAUUUUGAUUCCUGCUUAAUUAUUAGUGUAAAAUAACUAAAAUAACGAUGUUGCAUUACAACGCCGAUAUAUUGCAUAAAUUUUCAUACUCGCAGUAUUCCAAGGGAAUAGAUGAAACACGUAUCGCAUGUUCGUAGAGAGACCGCAUAUCAUAGAUUCACAUCAUGCCAGAGUGAGUUCUGGUACAUCUGAGAUAAAGAAAUUCUGAGCAGUGGUGACUGUGCUACAAAAAGGACAACUUUAAUCAAUUUUUUGGGACAGAAAGUACUUACGUUUAAACAAAUCUUUGCCAAAUUGUACAGUUAAUAUUUAAUCGAUGUUUUAAAUAAAAUGAAUUUGCAAAAUGGUAGCUGAUGUUUAAGAUCUGAAUACAUGAACUUGCAUUGAAAGGAGAGGAAUUUUUAUCUAAAGGAAAAAUGGUCUUAUUCUUCACACAUGGAAUGUCCAUUCAAGGCAGCAGAACACCGCUAACAGUAGGCUCUCUGAACUUCAAAUAUUAAUUAAUAGUAGUUGGUUAGUAGUUUAGAGCACAUAUUUCAAGCUAUGAGCUUCAUUCUGCCAUUUUGAAGUUUGAAAAUAACCGUAAUGAUAAAAUGCUAUUUUUUAAAGGUGA